ACACACUCAAACUUCUACAUGGACACGGUUAUAAAGGGAAGAGAACACAACUCAUUCAUUCACAUGACCAAGGCAGAAGACAACGGAAAACACUGAACAGCCUAAGUUUCAUGGCAAAGUAGCGGCAGAUCGCUUUUCUCAACUUCCAAAUUACAGCGUGCAUCAGGAUCAUGGAGAUGCAGCUGGAUCCCGAGGUCCAUUUUAAACUGGCCUAUCCAGACACGGUGCGUCCUGGCCCGACGGUGAAGGAGAGAGGUCAGUGGUCCAGUAAAAUGGAGUUCCUGCUAGCUGUAGCGGGACAGAUCAUCGGCCUGGGAAACGUAUGGCGCUUUCCAUACCUGUGCUACAAAAACGGUGGAGGUGUGUUCUUCAUUCCCUAUGUGGUGUUCCUGUUUGCUUGUGGCAUUCCCCUCUUCCUGCUGGAAACGUCCCUGGGCCAGUACACCAGUCAAGGCUCCGUCACCUGCUGGAGGAAAAUCUGCCCUCUAUUUGAAGGACUUGGCUACGGGGCCCAGGUGGUCGUGUUGUACUCCAGUAUAUAUUACAUCAUUAUCCUGGCGUGGGCCUUUUUCUAUCUCUUCUCUUCCUUUAGCGCUGAGCUGCCCUGGGCGUCCUGCAGGAACCCUUGGAACACAGACACUUGCGUUGAGUUUGACCGCAGUCACAUCAACAACGAAACUUUUGCGGAGAACGCAACGUCGCCAGUGAGGGAAUUCUGGGAGAUGCAAGUACUGAAACUCACAGACAGUGUGUAUGAACUGGGUGGCAUAAGGUGGGAAUUAGCCCUUUGUCUGCUGCUGUCCUGGAUUAUUUGUUACUUCUGCGUGUGGAAAGGCGUGAAGUCCACAGGCAAAGUGGUCUAUUUCACUGCUACAUUCCCUUAUCUGAUGCUACUGGUUCUACUGGUGCGUGGACUGACGCUGCCUGGAGCCCUGGAUGGCAUCAAGUUCUACCUUUACCCAGAUCCGGCACGCCUGGCUGACCCUCAGGUGUGGAUGGAUGCAGGCACUCAGAUUUUUUAUUCCUAUGCAAUUUGUAUUGGCUGCCUGACGGCGCUCGGCAGUUAUAACAAGUACAAUAACAACUGUUACAAAGACUGUGUGUACUUGUGCCUGUUGAACAGUGGGACUAGUUUUGUGGCAGGAUUUGCCAUCUUCUCUGUUCUGGGCUUCAUGGCCUACGAGCAGAAAAUGGACAUCUCGAUGGUGGCUGAGUCAGGUCCAGGCCUGGCGUUCAUUGCGUACCCGCGGGCAGUGGCUAUGAUGCCUGUCCCACAGCUCUGGUCUAUCUGUUUCUUUCUCAUGAUCAUCCUGCUGGGCUUGGACAGUCAGUUUGUGGGUUUGGAGGCAUUGGCGACGUCUAUCUCAGACAUGCACCCCUCCUACUUCCUCGUUGGUCACCGUCGUAAAAUCCUCCUCCUCUUCAUCAGCACUUUUUGCUUCCUUGUCGGCCUGGUCAUGGUAACAGAGGGUGGGCUGUAUAUCUUCCAGCUGUUUGACUACUAUGCCUGCAGUGGGAUGACUCUGCUUCUCUUCGCUAUCCUUCAGUCUGUGUCUGUCGGUCAUGUGUAUGGUGCUGACCGUCUUUAUGACAAUAUUGAGGAUAUGAUUGGUUACCGUCCACUGCCCUUGAUGAAGUACUGUUGGAAAUACGUCACUCCUGUGGUGUGCUCAGCCACGUUUCUCUUUUACCUGGUGAAGUUCACUCCGCUGAAGUUCAAUAACGUGGUGGAGUACCCGUGGUGGGGCUACGCGGCCGGCUGGUGGUUUACGCUGUCCUCCACCCUCCUGGUUCCCCUCUGGAUGCUCUACGCCCUCUCCAGAACGCCGGGAACGCUCCGACAGAGACUACAGAUCCUAUGCACUUCUGCCAGUGAUCUGCCAAUGGCCCUGACACAGAAAGAGUCUACAGCACCAUCACGGGAGAUCCACUGAACACCGAAGCACAGCCCAGCCUCUGACGGCCUCGCAGAAAUUUGUAUUCACACACACACACACUCACACGCAAACACACACGCAAUCAGAAGUCA